GAUAUUGUCUGGGUGUUGAGUAAAAAAACACUAAUUCGAUAGUAAGUAGUAUAAUCGGCAGAGCGCGCUAUAGAUGUUAGACAUGGUAACAGUGGUCUCGUCAAUGACGCAGAGAGCAAUAUAUGCAACCGAUCAUCCUUCCAGUAUCUGAGGUUUAUAUAAUACACCGACAUCUGUCAAUUCCCGUUACUAGUGUAGCGGACGCGAGUACGGUCACGUUCCGCGGAGCUCUAGGUUCUCGGUGAGAAAAAAGGAUGGUGGUCUGAUCGUAGACAGCGACGACGGCAGCCGCACACAUAAAUUUCAAAGCGCCGAUUCCUCUGUGACCAUUGUGAAGUAAAGGGCUAUUAAGAUCAACUCAGGAGAGCGGUUCGAUUGACAAUAUGCCCAGGUACUUCGAGAGCACGACAGUGUUCAAUUUUUCAUGGGAGCAAGUGGCACAGGCCUUCUGGAGGCGAUACCCAAAUCCCAAUAGUAAACAUGUGCUGACGGAAGAUACUAUAUCUCGGGAGGUACGUGGAGAUCAGUUGGUGUCUAAAAGACUUUUACGGAAGACGAACGCUCUCCCAAAAUGGGCAGAACGGUUCAUCAAUACGAAGCAUGUGUACAUCAUGGAAGAGUCCUCGGUGGAUCCGAAGAACAAAGUGUUAGUGACAUACACGCGAAACUUAGGUUUCGCCAAAGUUAUGAGUGUAACUGAAAAGGUAGUGUAUAGGGAGAGCGAGAAUCAGCCUGGACAUACUGUUGCUGUCCGAUCGGCGUGGAUAGAUUCGCAAGUGAGGGGAUUCAGCAAAGCCAUCUGCGCUUUCGGUUACGAGCGUUUCAAAAAGAAUUGCCACAAAAUGGCCGGCGGAUUUAAUCAUGUUCUUAUGAGCAUGUACCCGGUGCACCAACACCUUACAAAUCACGCGACGGCAGCCGCCUCCGCCAAAAACAAGCUGAAAGACGCCGCGAAGAACGCGUCAGAACUGGCCAAAGCAAAAGCUGCCCCAAUCUACGCCUCCCUACAUCCCAACCAAUCGUAGAUACUGUUUUACAAUAUGUGUUUAUUUCUUAUAUAUUCUCUCGUUAUUACGUUGCUAAAUGAUUCCAUUUCAAUGAUAUUCCACACAAUUUACAUCGAGUAUUCACUGCGACACAUCGCAUCGCGCCUUACCGCUACCGCAGGGCGGAAAAUCAAUAAUAUUAAUAAAUGGCAAUAAUUAAUCAAUCGGUCUUAUAAUUAAGGAUGCGUCUAUUUCUUUUAUGUCGCUGUAAUUUGUAUUGAAUUGUUCACUUGGAUUGUAUAAACACAAUGGGCCACAAAUAUCGAAAUCAUUCAUCCUCGUUAUAAUUAUGUUUAAAUGCAAUUAGGGAGCGGUUAUCUUUUUAUUGUUCUAUAAUUAUUAUAAAUUUAACCGUUCAGGUAUUAUUUUACACUGUAAUUUAGGCAGCAAGGAAUUUUUUUUCGUUUUUUUAACAAAUAUUCAUAUAUGCAUACAUUGAUUAGCCAGUCUCAUUAUUGAUGUACGUAAUGGGUUCUUAAAUGGUUUCAUUUUUUAUGCAAGUACGUACUAAUUUAUCACGUACUUUCGUUUUCAAGGUUAAAUCGAUAUAGCAUUUAAAAAGUCCUCUAGUCUUAGUUUAUGAAUCUAGUUUGUAAUUAAAAAUAAUAAUAGUAAUAAACAGUUUAUAAUUUU